UGAACAACUGUCGCAAGCUUCCACCUCAGCGCUGAUCCGGACGGCCUGACGACUUGCCCUGCCGGACUCCAUGACAACACCACAACGUUACUACUCAACCUCCUAGUAGUCCUCACCGACAGUUUCUGAGCUUCCUAUCUAGCAGCCAAAAAAUCCUGACGGGACCGGCGACGACAUGUCCAGAUCAGGCUACGACGCGGUCGUAGAUGUCGACGAUGAAGGCGACCUAGGCCACACAGACCUGCAAGAAGAUCUCGAAUUCCACAACUCCAACUUCUCCGAGACCUCGCCGGCCCUCGGCACCGCCUCCGCCCGCGGCGGCAAACCCUCGCCGGCCUCGGGCCUGCCCCUCCCCGCGACCGCCUCGCAGUCCGGCAGUGGUGCCGGGAGCAGCAAGCGCUUCCUCUGGACGCUGUCCUUCUAUGCGCAGUUCUUUGACGUCGACACCAGCUCGGUGCUGCACCGCUGCUGGGCGGCGCUGUUCCCGCGGGCCAAUUUUCUGGAUGUGCUGGAGGGCAAUCCGGACCUGUACGGGCCGUUCUGGAUCGCCACGACCGUGGUGCUGAUCUUGUUCCUGGGCGGGACGAUCAGCGACUACCUCGCCCGGGCGGGCAGGGGCCAGUUCGCGUAUGAUUUCCAAUUGUUGAGCGGCGCCGCCGGGCUGAUCUACGGCUACACCUUCGUCAUCCCCGUCGUGCUGUACCUCGCGCUGCGCUACUUCGGAUCUGAGAGCGCCAACCUGCUCGAGUGCUGGGCGCUGUAUGGGUACGGCAACCUGAUCUGGAUCCCUGUAGCGCUCAUCAGCUGGUCUCCGAUCGCGAUCCUCAACUGGGUGUUCGUCGGUGUCGGGUUUGGGGUGUCGGUUGCCUUCUUGCUCCGGAACCUGUAUCCCGUCCUGAGCGCCACGGACCGCCAGACCAGCAAGGUGCUGUUGAUUCUGGUGGUGGCGCUGCACUUUGGGCUGGCGAUCGCUAUCAAGGUGCUCUUCUUUGCGCACGGCAGCCCGGCACUCAAGGAUGGGCCCGAACAGCCAAAACCGGACCCGGGGCGGCUGUUCUAGGAGCGUGGGGGUUGAAACGGGAACCGGAUUGCGAAGGGAAAGGGUUAUGUACGCUUAAGUUGUGUAACAUGCAGCUUUUACGGGGAGGCAUCUGGGCGUUCAGGGGUAACAUGGCUUUAAUGUACACUUCCACUUCUUUGAUGGGACGGGGCUCUUCCGACAGCAGCAGCAGCAGCAGCAGCAGCAGCGUAUUGACAGCCUGUGCUGCACUCACUGGCACAACCCCUCCAGCUAUCAUUCCAUGCACAUCCUAUUGCAUGUCGUCUACCGCUCAACCUUCCCCCCUUUUUCAAACCAAUCCAGCCAACUCCCAGGGUAUUCUCCAACGUUCUUCCAACCGGCCUCUCUCGC